AUGGUGGAUAAGGCUUUGCGAGCCGAGAACGCAAGGCUUCAAGUUCGGAAUUUUCAAGUGAGGAAACGUGGGUUUUCCGGAGGUAGUUUUACGCAGGGGGAUAAGAGUACCCCUCCUAAAUUUGGCCGUGGAGCUGGAGGAGGACGAGUUCCGGGUACGGCAAGAGGGACUCAGCGAAGAGGUGGCCAGACUGGACGAGGCCAACAGAGAAGUACCUCACAAGGGAGCUCCGCCACUGUUUCUCGUGGCCCGUGUGGGUUCUGUGGGAAGCCGAACCACACGGAGGAUAACUGUUGGAGAAAGGAGAAGAAGUGCUUACGUUGUGGGAGCGCGGAGCACCAGAUAGCCAGUUGUCCAGUUCAACCCCGAGAGGCGAGAGGGAUCACACAAUCUUCUAAGGCGACUUCAGCGCAAUCAAAGGUGGAAGUGACGAAAUCGAAGGUGCCUGCCCGAGCGUACUCUAUCGAGCAACGUCCUAUCCCUGAUUCGGCGGAGGUGGUGGAAGCUACGAUUCCUGUCUUCCACCAUCUAGUUAGGAUUUUGAUAGACCCCGAUGCCACCCAUUCCUUUGUUAACCCUGCAUUUAUGUGUGGAAUUGAUAUAACCCCUGUAAACCUGCCCUACGAACUGGAAGGGUACGAUGUGAUUCUGGGCAUGGAUUGGUUAGCUAGGUAUGAUGCCCAACUUGACUGUAAAAAGAAAAUAGUGGAAUUUCGUAUUCCGGGGGAGGCGACCAUAAAGUUAGAUGUGAGGGGCAGUUUAGCCUCGUCUGCAAUGGUUUCGGGUAUUCGGGUUGGGAAACUUUUGAGUAGAGGGGCACGAGGGUUCUUAGCCUUUCUCAUCAACACUCCCACCGAUAAGUUAAACGUAGAAGAUGUUCCAGUAGUGGGCGAAUAUUCGGACGUGUUUCCCGAUGAGCUAGUGAAUCUACCACCGCAAAGAGAGAUAGAAUUUGAGAUUAACUUGUUACCAAAGACUUCACCUAUCUCUAAGACCCCAUACCGUAUGGCACCUGCUGAACUUAAGGAGUUGAAGUUGCACUUGCAAGACCUUUUAGAGCGGGGUUUUAUCCGUGAGAGUGGAUCUCCUUGA